UGUUCCCAAACUAGCACUCAAAGCAAAAAGUCACAAAAAUAGCACUCAAGGGUGGAGUUUAGGGUUUAGAAUUUAGGGUUUAGGGUUUAGAGUUUAUGUUUUAGGGUUUAGAGUUGAGAAGUGAGGUUUUGGGGAUAAGAUUUCAAAUUUUGAAAAAUAAAAAAAUUUAAAUUUUUCAAAAGAUAAAAUGUUAUUUUGGUCAUUUUAGUUUUUGAGUGUUAUUUUGGUGAUAUAAACUUAGGAAGAUUCUAUUUUAGAGAUUUGCCCAAGUAUAAUAGAAUUCAUAUAUAUUAAUAAUUUGACCAAAAAAACAUCCUAACUAGUUUUUUUUUAAAUUCUAACUAGUAUAAAAUAUAAGAAAAACAAUAAAUUAAUUAUAAUAUUUCUUAAUAAAAUCUGGUAGUUAAGCCUAAAAAUGUAAGCAUUUCCUUAAUAUUUAUUUCGCAAAUCCUCAAUUGUUUCUUUAAUUAUUAUCUAAACUCCUCUUUUUCUUCUAUUUAAGAUCAACCCAAAUGUGAUAUAUAGGGUUUUUUUCUCGCUUACUUACAAGUUACCUUCGCAUUCCUGUCAUCGUCUGCUUCUCCCUUCUCCUGGCUCCUCGCGCAGAAUCCUCGCUUCCUAAAAUCUCAAGAUAGAAUAUCCUUUUCAUCUCCAAGAAACUAAACUAGAGGUAAAUUGAAUCUGAUCUUCCCUCAAACGCUGUUGUAUCUUGAGUGAGUCUAUAAAGAUUAUCCGUGUGUUUUUAGUGUGAUUAGAAAAGAUGAGUACACAAAGACGCCCUGCAGCGCCGAGAUCAUCGUCAACUGGUAUGACCGAAGACACGAAGAAGAUCCUAGGUUUUAUACGUAGCAAGCAAGGCAUGGGUGCAACUAAAUACGAGAUUACAGCAGGGACAAGCAUCCAACAAGCCCUCGUAACAAAAGCCACCAUUUCUCUCAAGAAGAGCAAACUCAUCAAAGAAGUUUCAAACAAAGGGGGCAAACACUUUCUUGCAGUGGAGUUCGAGCCUUGUAAGGAGCUACAAGGUGGGCAUUGGUACGUCGAUGGAGCUCUUGACGUUUCCAUGAUCGAAGGUCUCAAGGAGGUUUGUGUCAAGAGAAUUGAGCAGCUCAAGAACGAGGUUGUUACACUUGAUGUUAUAUAUUUGUGUUUUAAAAAGGACACGUUGACUAGAGAGCAGAUUAAGGAGAUACUCGAUAACUUGGUUUUGGAUAAUGUUAUCAUGGAGGUGAAGAGCAAUGGGUCGAGUGAGCAUUCCGCUUUGAGAAUCGGUGAAGUUUGCUAUAAACUGAUCGGUAAAAAGUCACGUGGAGGUGAAGCUAGAGAUGGAGCUUUUGCUUCGAUCCCUUGAGGGGCUUGUCCACAUAUAAGGCUUUGUACACCUCAUGGGGCUAUCUCUCCAACAACAUGUGUUUAUUAUCAGAAGUGGUUAGACUUUUAGCUUCUUUUUUUGGUUUUAAGUUUGAAUUUGGACAUAAGAUGUAAUAAUACUUCAAGGUGUUUUGACAGAACUAAAACAAGAAAACAUGAAUGGAGGAUUAUGAUCUUCUAUAUGUUUUAGUUAUCUUGUAUUAAUGUUGUACAUUCACUGCAAAACAUGUAAUAAUCAGGAUCAACAUUCAUUGUAAAACCAACCUAGUUUAGAAGAAAUAAUGAAAAAUGGAUGCCUCCAUUCAACAACCUUGUUAGCGUUUAGGAAUGUUUAUCUUGGAUACCGUAUCUAUUGAUUAUGAUUAAUGACAAUUUAGGAAGGAAUAGUGUUUAGGAAUAUGAUGACUAUGUAUUCCUGUCUGCAGCUUGGCAUUGCCCCAUCUCUUUUAUGUCAUCAGAUAUCGUGACCUUUGUUUUGUAGAUGUUGAGAGUCAUUCUAGAUAGAUGUUUAUAUAGAUAACCAAGAGCACCAAGCACAACAUGUUUAUUGUGUCAUCCAUCAGGCCAGCAUCAGAGGAUAUGCCUUCGUUAAACACUUUUUAAGUAGCUCCCACCCAAAAAAGAAACAAAUGGGUCGGAUCUGCUUCGGGUAAUUAACAUUAUUGGACCAAAAUAGUAACACAAGGCCGGCCCAAAUGUAACAGAUAUUGUUACGAGCUUAGAGUGUAGCUCAGAACCCUCAGAUUUAUAGUUAGGGCAAAAAGUAAGGUCCUACCGGGAGUCGAACCCAGGUCGCUGGAUUCAAAGUCCAGAGUGCUAACCACUACACCAUAGAACCGGAUGGUCUAUCUAUCAACAAACACAACUUUUUUUUUUUUUAACGCUGAUUUAUUACGAUCUUACAAUUAUGAUAUAGGAAAUAUUACAUAGACGAUUCGACAACCGACAAUACUACCUGCCUUAUGAAGACCUACGCCUAACUGCAUCACCUGAGCCGUCCUAUGAAGAUCCACGCCUGGCCAGAUUUACUUGCACCAUGUUGAAGAUCCCUUGCAAGCUUUUCCUCUGUAGUCUGCAUAAUUGUUUAAUAAACUGCUCUCUCCGGGACUUGAAACCUAGAUUUCCUGUAAUCUGAAAUAAAUUGCAUAGUCUGGGAUUCGAACCUCAGACCUGGGUGUAGAAGCCUUUAAACCUUAACCAAUAGGCUACGGUGCUUCCACAACACAACUUUAGUAAUGUUAAACAAAGCUUUUGUACAAAAAGGGAAACAUGCAUAUUCUUCAGUUUCCAGCUUUGUAAAUAAUAUGUAGCCAUUGUAGUAGGCUAAUUAUCUAGGAGAAGAUGGGAGACUGACGGUUGAAAAAGAGGGUAUUUUCCCUCUAUAUAUAUCUGCUAAAUAAGGAUUUCUAUGAAUUAGAAUAUGUCAUUGUUUAUUUUAGUAACUAAGAGUGUCCGGCGGACCGAACCUAACCAAUUAAUCAUAUAGGGCAUGUUCACCGGUGACAGAUAGAUCUGGUUGCUCGUAAUAAAAACUAUAUAAUUAUGUUGCAUAACACAUAUGUUUAAUAUUGUGAGAUUGAUUCAAACCCGGAUCGUUUAUCUCACUAUAAUUCGCCUACCACUAGACCAUUCAUGUAUGGUUAACACCGAAAGAUAGUCUCUUUCAUCAAAAGAGGGCUGCAUAACUUACAUCACUGAAUAAAUACAAUGUCUCGGUUUUUGAUAAAAGAGGGAUGCAUAACGUGCGUGAACCACCAAGGAAAAAAAAACAAUUUUUCUGUUUCUUUUUGUAAAUAUAUAUUCAAUAUAAGUAUGUCUAAACAUAUAUGUAUAAGUUUGUGCAUGGCCUAGUACAUUCCAUUGGUUUGUUACUUCUUACUUACAAUCAAAACCGAUAUUAUUAAAAUGUAUAUAUUUUCUUAUAUAAAUCUGAGCAGAUAAUCUUAAUGAUAUAAUUUGUUUAACUAAAAACCCAAAAUGUUUAAAUAUUUGGAAAAGAGGGAAAAUGUUGGUGCACCAAAAGAAAACUGGCCAACUGUACUAAAGCCAAAUGAAGGAGCCUUACUUAAACGUUUUGCCUAACAGUGGAUGGAGAUAAUCUUCAUAUAUAAAUUCAUAUUUUCGAGUAUAAUCAAUUUUUUCAUAUAUAUGCAUAAAAUACGCACUCUCACAUUCAUAAUACAAAUAAACAAGUUGCCAAGUGUUCUAUCAGAUUUUAGGGAAGACCAACAUUAUUGUUUUAGUUAGUGUGUUAGAAAAAAAAGAAAUGAGAAACAAUUUUUUUUGGAAAAGUGAAAGAAAAAGAGACAAAAAAACACAAAAGUAUUGAUAUUAUCAUGUUCUUCUUUUAUAUGGGAGUGGAAGCAUCACUCAUAUAUUGUCCAAUAAAGCCUUCAAUAAUUAGAGAUAUCAUUCUACACGAAAGAAAAAAUAAAAAAUUUGGUACGUUACACGCAAACCUUAUCUCCCUUAAAAAAAAUUAAAACGUUUUUCUAACACCAAAACUUUUCUUUCUAAAUUUGAUAAUUAAUUGCUAGGGAAAUAAAAUCUUAUAGGGUGCAGAUUCCAACUUAGUUUUGAUCUUAUUGGAAAAUUGAUCUAUUUUAAUUAAUCCUAUACGAUAUCUGCAUUCUUGUUAUAUUUAACGCUGGGUUUACAUUAUUCAAGAGUGGAAAAUAGAGAAAUUACACAUUCAGAUUCAUAUAUUUAUAAAUCAAACUAAAAACAUGAACUAAACAUCAAAAAGAAAAUUAAUUUUCACCAAAAAAAAAGCAAAUUCAUAGAUGUGAAAUUUAGGUUAUCUAUUUCUUACAGAUGUGAUAUAUAUUAUCUAAGGCAAUAACACAAUCUAUUGAAUCUAUUAUCUUUAUGACUUUACAUUUUCUUCUUUUAUAUAGGGGCCUCUAGUAGGAUAGCCGACGUUCAUGUUCCAUUUAUUUUGUGUUGUCUCGUAUCUUAUAAAUAUUUAAUAUCUACGUGAAAUAUAAUCCCACGUCAUGAUUCACGAUGGACAUGGUUUGCCAAAAAGUUUGGAGCAUAAAGGAUUCAAUUACCCCGUGACGUCAUCGUAUCAAUCGAUGGCGAUUUCUCCUGCAGCUCCUUUAUCUUUUACAUUCAUUGGUCAUAUAAAAACUUAAUAUUAAGAAAGGGUAAGAUAUGGUUGUUAACAAAAACUUUAUAUUAAGAAAGGCGACUAUUUUUAUGUGAAGGUAAAAACUGUUUUAUUAAAAUCCGUAAGAUCUUCGACGGUGUUGAACUUUGAAAGAAAAAUUAAUCUUACUAAAUUAAUAACACAAUGUCGUUUAUUUUCUUUACUGUAAUAGUACCGAUUUAUUGGUUCAAUGAAUUUUGCUUUUCCAUGUACGUUUCUAUUACUAGGAUGUUUGAAUGACUGACUUAUCAUAACAUUUAACUACAUGGUUUAAUCAAAUAUAUAUAUAUAUAUAUAUUUAACUACAUAUGUCUCUACACGUAGGAUAUGAUUUCUUCUUAGAUCACUUCAUUGAGAUAUAAAACUUUAGGCAAAUGACUUAGAUAACACCAAAGAUUUUUUUUUUUUUUUUUUUUUUAGAUAACACCAAAGAUAUUAUGAUAAAUAUAUUUCAUAAGGAUAAAAAACCCCAAAUAACACUAAUUAAAUUGGGAAAUGACUAAACUACUUCAAUUGCCAGCACGAUCUAGUAAUAUACAAUCAAAUAUUCAUUUACAAUCUGCUUAACUAUACUGUUUCACAUUAUUGACCGAUGAUUAAGGAUAGUUGAUUAUGUUUUUAAAUGUACUAGUACUACUAAGGUUAGUCCCGAUAUUUUUGGUUAAACUGACCGCUUUGGUUCAGUUUGAAAUACAUAUACUUUGUUUAACACAUUUGAUUUCAUGUAUAUUUUAACCAUGGCUAUAAUUAGCUCUCGCUCGUAAUAAUGUGUAUGAUUAAUAUGCGAGGGACGUAAAACAGUGAGUAUAUGUGACUCUGUGAGUGAGGUGGAACAAGAUUUGACUCUUUGAGUUAAAGUCAGGUGAUGAACAACAUAAGGUUUUUUCUUUCUUUUGAUUUAAUGGUAAAGGGAAAAAAAAGGUGCCUUUAAACUUCCUUUGUUGAUGCACUAAAGGAAACAUUACUUAGGCGCAUUUAUGAAACAUUAUUGACUUAUUGUCAGCUAAUGUAAAGAAAGAUUGUAGUAUAAUCAAUUAGUACUAGUUAGUACAUAGACACAAUAACUAUUUAGGAAAGAUGGGAUUCUGGAAAAUAAUUGUUAUCUGUCGCCACAAAUACUAUCCUUUCUAUAAAGAUCAAUAUUUUGAAAACAAAAUUUUUUUUAUGUUAUUUAUAAAUUUCUUAUUAUUUUUUAAAUUGUAUUUUUAAAUAACAAUUAAACUUAUUAAACUAUUAUUGAUGUAAUUUUAUUAAAAUUGAUAAUCAAAAUAAUAAUAUAUUUAUGAUAAAAUUUAAUAUAUGUAUUUUUUUUGUCAAACCAAUUUAAUAUAUGUAAACAAAUGAAAAUACAUCAUUUUUUUAGAGCGAAGAGAGUAGUAUACAGUUUGUCAUCCCUGAUAUUUGUCCACAUGAUUUACACUUUAAAUCUUAAGCAGUCUAAUAAAAAUAAGGAAGUGGGAUUUCAAUUACUGAGUAUAAAUAUAAAUUUGUAGUGCACUAUAAAAUAAAAUAACAUUUUAUGUGGUUAUUUUGAUCAUCAAAAGUUAUUCCCCUUGAUAUGAUUGGAUAGGUUUGCGAAAUUUCUCUAUUUAACGAGGAACAACAUGAUGGGUAAUUUUCCUAAAUAGACAAUUUUUAAAUUUUGGUCACAAAAAUAGACCAUAAAGAAAAAAAUAACUAAAAUAUUUUAUUUAAUAGGUAAAAGGACCCUAAUACAAUAAAUAUAUUAAAAAAUAAAAAAAUAAAAAAAUAUUUUUUUUAUAAUUUUAGAUUAUAUGUUUUCAAAUUUAAAGUUUUUUAUAAAUUUUUUUUUUAAAAGUAUAAAUAUAUAUUUAUCUUUUUAAUGAAAUAUUUUGGUUAUUUUGAUCUUUAUAAACUAUAUUUGUGAUAUAAACUUUUUUACUGAUAUCCUAAAGUAUUUCCCUAACAUGAUUCACAUAGAUAAUAAUUUUACUAAUUAAUAAUAUGAUGAGUUACUAUUUUACUUGAAUAUAAAAUAUAUGCACUGAAAGUUUCCUUAAUCUAGCGAUUGGUAACAUGAUUAAUUAUUGAAUUUACACUAAAAUAUCUAGGUUCGAUUGUAAUGAUAUUUGGGGAGAUUAAUGGGGGAAAACGACUACAAAAGAUUUCAGGCACAUGCAAAUAUAAUUAAUUGUUCACCAUAGUGGGAUGCCAGUAAAUUCUACAUAUGGUGAAAUUUUGUAGAAAAUAUAGAAUUGUCCGCUCAUUAGUUUAGACUAAAAUAUAUCUCCACAGUAAAAAUGUUGGGACAUAAUAAAUCAUAAGAAACCAUUAUGCAAAUCUUCUUUUAACAACAAGCAAAUACGAAAACUGAAUAUCAAAUGGUUAAGCUGUAAAAUAAAGGCUUUAAUAAGUUGAAGAAGAUGAGUAAAAUCAACGAUCUAUAGUCUAUACUAUUGAAAUCAGAUUUAGUGUUAGACUUGAAAACGAAUUAUUUACGUUAACGUUGGAUCAAGGACCAGUUUAUGACCAACUUCUCGAUCUAAUGAAUUAUUUAGAUUCGAAAGGGAAAAUAUUCUAUUAGCCCAUAUAGAUAUUUUCAUAUACCAUAUUCCCACCGACCAUUUUAAUUAAUAUCUAUAAAGCAAAAGCACAGCAAAUUUUAUUACUUAAAUUCUAUUUAUUUACUUUUAACACUUUUGAAGAUAUUUAAAGAGCAGUGAUCUAAAGAACUGCGAAAUGAAGGUAACUAGAAUGAGCGAUAUGAGGUCCAAAGCAGAAACUUAACGUUAGGCCAUCCGCAGCGGGUGAUAUUCGAAAAAGUCUCUGUAGAAUUAAAUAAUAAAAUAAAUACACAUAGUA